AUGACCCAGCCCUCCCCCGUCUCGGGGGAGGGGGUGCCCCAGGGCCGAUUUAAAGGGGACAGGAUUGGGGGACGCUGCCGGACAGGGUCAGCUCGAGGGGUGGUGACCACAGCUGUCUGUGAACUGGGUCGGGGGACCUGUCACCACAAUGCCUCCCCUGCACUCAGAGAGGGAAGUUGGGGGCAUGUGGGGGGCACUCAGCCUACAGGGGGCUCUGGGCAGAGAAGCCCCCUCCCCCGCAGCGGGCCAGGUGUGGCGUCCGGGCUCGGCUGCGCGGAGGAGGCGGCGUCCCGGGCCAGGGGCGGCGGCAGGGGCGGCCCCGGGAUCACAUGGGCGGAGGCAGGUCCCGCAGCCCCGGGCGGGCGCUCCCCAGAGCCGGGCAGACGGCGGCGGCAGCAGCUGCGAAAGCGGCGGCCUCUCCUCGCCUCCCCUCCUUCCCUGCCCUCCCGGGACUGGCCGCCCAGCCCGACAGGUGAGCGCCAGCCAGGUGAGCGCGCCCACCUGCGCACCCUCCGCCCGGCCCCGCCUGGGGCUCGGGGCUUCCCUCGGCCCCGAGCUCGUCCGCAGCACCCCGCGCCCCGGGCUCCUUCGACGCCCCUCUGCACGGCGAACAGCCCCUCUCCCUGCAGCGCCCCCCGCGGGCUGGGCCUUCCCGGGCCGGGUGCGGCUCCUCCAGCCCCCGGCCCUCGGGUACUUUGGCCUCGGAGCAUAGAAGGCGGCAGAACUGGGAGAGCCGGGCCGGACGGGCUGGGCACCUCCCCAGGGCCGCCGGCAGCACGGAGUCCACUGGCCGGCUCAAAGGUCCGGGAAUGUCAGGGCGUCCCGGCCGGGGGGCCUGGGGAGGGACAGAGGGUAGGUUUGGGCAAAAGAGGAAGCCAGCUGGCCAGGGAUAAUGCAGACAGACCUGCUGGCCUGGGUGCUCCUUCCUCGGGUCCUGGCAGCAGCGCUGGUGUCCUCGGUAGACUCUGGUACACUGUGGUCUCUGGACCUCCCCAGGGGCAGCCCCAGGGUGGGUGCUGGGCUGGAUGGUGGCCUGGUCUGGCGCUGCAGCUUCCUGCACGGGUUGGCUCCUGGAUCCAGAACUUGAGGCUCAGGAAACACUACGAGGGCCUGGUGCUGUGCAGGGACACUCCCUUGGGCGGUGGAGGGAGGCCUGUGGCCCCAGCGGGCAGGCCGCAUCAGUGGGCUCACAGGCUCGGGGAGCAGUCGGUCUGCCCUGGCUGGCUAGCACCCGGAGGUGUGUGCCUAGAGAGAAGACGAGUUCUGUCCUUCUGACUCCGGCUGUUUAGAGGGCAGCAGGUCCUUGGAGGAACCUUGCCUUGCCCACCUGAACCGCAUUUCUGGGGUCCAUCCGAAGACCCUGGCCUUCAGCCCCCCAUCCAGCCGGCUGAUGGCGCAGUCUGGGGCGAUGCUGUCACUGAUGUUCCUGGAGCCCUGAUCACCCCAGGCUGCCUGCCUGCCCUUCCCCCAGAGGGGGGAGGAAGUACCUUGUGUUGUGGGUUUUGGGGACAGGAAGUCAGCCCUAGUGGGACUUAACAGCCCUGAUGUGGCGGGGGUGAAGGGGGGUAAUGCUGACAUCUCCUACGACUUGGCAGUCCCUGCCCACACCUACUCCAGCAAGCCCCUGCCUGGCACCCUGGACAGCCCGCCUCCUGGCAACGCUUCUGCUGAAGACCAUGGGAAGGGGGAACUCAGUCAUGGCUUCCCAGGGUGGGGGGAAGUGAAACAGGAGGGAGGGAGUCGGUCACUUCCUCUACCCACACCGCCAGCCCCAGCCCCUGCCUGGCUGCUCUGUGAGCCUGUCCUACCCUCUUCGUGUCCCUCUGCCUCUCUUUUGCCACCUCCCAGCGUUUCCGGGGCUUGGUGUGGCAGGUGCCGCCUCUUGGCCAUCUCUUCCUCAGACACCUUUCUUUUUCCGUGCUGGAGCCAGAGGCCUGCUUCUGGGAGAGUUGGUGCUGCGGGCCGGGGCCCUGCUGCCAUGGGAUGUGGUGGCU